AUGGCGAUCAACGCUGAUGUGGAGGACUGGGCUGGUGUUGGCAGUCAUGACUCUGGGGAACGGGCAUGGCUCCUGCAGAGUCCCAGUGUGGAUUCUAUCCAGCACCCUGAGCUGGACAGAAGAAGUAAUGGCGGCGUGUCGUCUCUGAGUGCAGUGUUUAUUGUGGUGAACGCAGCCCUGGGUGCUGGUCUGUUGAAUUUCCCUGCAGCCUUCAAUAUGGCAGGAGGAGUGACCGCAGGAGUGUUGCUUCAAAUGGUACGCAAGUCCCAAUGAGGCUCUCAAUACUCUAUGUCCUAUUUAAGCUCUCACUCUUGUCAAGGUGAUAUAUGAAUCAAGCUCUCAGCAAAGUGUAACAGACUUAUUUUCCACACAUUUCUGAUCACCAUUCAUAUUUAGGUUUGUCCUGUUUUUCCGUUUUCUAAUUUAACUUCAUCAAGAGUUUUAAUUGGAUCUGUGAAUUAUUAAAUUUAAGGUGGUAGUGGCACAGCUUUUAUUUUGCUGAGCCCCAUAGAUGAUCAUAUUUUAAAUGUGAAUGUGAAACCUCUGGGAUAAUAACCCCGUGAAUAAUAAACACUGACAGAUCAACUGUAGGAUGUGUUUGUAAUUUUAAGACCUGUCAUGGUUUUGCAUAUUUAUUUCUCUGUGUGUGAUGAUACAAUUAAGAAAUAUAGUUCACUUACAAAAUGGACAAGGAUUAAAGGUCAGCCUUCCAACAUAUAAUAAGGUAUUUCAAAGAUAUAGUGAAGCUGAAAGAGCAAAAACCUAUUUUGUUACUCAAGAAUCUCAGCCCACAGUUUGAACACUAUCCUGUUUUCUGGUGAUCAUCAUAACACAGUUUAUGGACAGUAUAACCAGGAACUAUAAUGUGCUGCUUCUUCUUCUUUUGUUUCAGUUCAUGCUGAUCUUCAUAAUCAGCGGACUGGUGAUCCUCGGCUACUGCUCCCAGGUUUGUUUCAGACUUUGUUGUCUUUUAAAUCUUUCUUUCUCUUUGUGUCUUCGCCUCUUGUUUCUGCAGCUUGUGAUACCAGACUUAUCCUGUUUUUGAAAUCAGCAUAUCUUUUUUUAGAAGUAGUGGUGACAUUAUAGGACCGGCCUUGCGUAAUAACUCUGAUGGUACAUUGUGGCACAUUGCAUAAAGCUCAGACUUUCACUUCCUAGUGGCUCAGACCAAUUCAUACUAGUUUAGGUCAGUUAAAUACAUUUAUCAUGAUCACCCAUAGUAAUUCAAAACCUACAACAUCUUUUUAACGUAGCUGUAAAAUACGAAUAUCAGCUAUCCAUUGAACUUUAUCCUAAAGCAUGUGAUGCCAUGAGAAUAGCUGACCUGAUAAGAAAAAAUUCAGCAGUAUGAUACCUUUUACUUUUGUGUUACCAUGCCUGAAAAACUGUAUUUUCUGUCAGCAGUCAGGUGUGGCAGGUUUACUUUAGAAACACCUGUUUGAAUGCCAUGCAGAGCUGUAAUGAUCCUGCCUGCAUAUCUUUGGAGAUCACUAAAUAAAUCAAAGCAGACAACAGUGCUGUUAGAAGUAAAAGCUUUGUAAAUCACACAUGAUCCAUGUAAGCAGACUUGGUUUAGUUUCUGGAAUAGUCAGCAUUAAAAAAGUGCUGAAUGAAGCUGCUGUGGGUGCAUGAUGGCUGCUCUUGUGAUAAAGAGCUCGGUUUCUGUCAAAUUUCUGCUUUUAACAGCAAGUGUCAGAGAUAUGUGUGGUUUCUGAAUCUGAUGGUAUAUUUUUGGCGGUGACAGGGUGUUUUCUUGGUGCUGUGAUUGAGUCUUGCAUAUGACACCAGAAUUGUGUAUGAAAUCUAAAGACAGCCACUCUUUUGUCUCAGCAUGUACAUAAUCUCAACCCCUUGUUUAUGUGAAUACAGAUGAAUAACUUAAGGGUUUGAGUUUGCAUUCAUUAUUUUAAAUGAUCUAAAAAACAUGACUGUAACUCUGAUAUGUUUACGCAUUGUGAAUGUAUUAAAUGAAGCCUCCAUCCUCACACUACACCACGCUUCUCACAUAAAUCCCUUACGAACAGGAAUACACUCCGACUCUAAGUCAUGUGUCUGCUUACUAACUAUCUGCCUGUUUUCUUCAGGUCAGUAAUGAAAGUACCUACCAGGAGGUUGUGCGAGCCUCCUGUGGGAAAGUCACAGGAGUUAUAUGUGAAGUGGCAAUCGCUAUCUACACCUUUGGGACUUGUAUUGCUUUCUUCAUCGUCAUUGGAGACCAGCUGGAUCGCUGUAAGUAUAUCUAUCUGAGGGAACAGAGAACAGCAGCUGCUCAGUUUCCUCCUAAGUGAACCAGAUUCUUUCAUAGUCGGUGAAUGUUUCUCUUAAUAGUGACAAAUGUCACUAAAAGGAGUCAAGCAUGCUAUACUUUGUCAUAUCUUUGUGUUUUUACGUAGACUCUGUCGUUUUUUUCCGUCAUGUAAGUAGUCUGUGCAUUGACCACAGGGGUAUGUUAUGUAAAACCAGAAAUACUAUUGGUGCUGAUUAACUUUUUUUAAGCUUAUGCCAUCAUUGAUGAGGCCAAAGAGCAUAUUUGAUGUCACAGUCAGCUCUUUUCCUCCUGUAAAUGUGUCCCUCAUGUGACUGACUCUGACGUUUCCUUGUACUGAGACUCUGUAGAAAUCUGAACUCCUGCCUGAUAAUGGAUAAAGAGUUUGACCCUCCACCUCUUUGGUUUUCAAAAAGAAUCCACUGUGUCUUCAAUUAUCUGAUAUAAUGUCUGUAAUAUAUCUUUUUUAAAGUUUUGUGUCAUUCUCUUUGUGCUUUGUUUACAGUGAUUGCAGCGGCAGGGCAUGAUGAGGGCGAAACAGUCAAAUACCUCUGGUACACUGACCGCAAAUUUACAAUUGUUGUCACAGCAGUUCUAAUUAUUCUGCCCCUCUCCAUCCCCAAAGAGAUUAGUUUUCAGAAGUAUGCCAGGUACUCCAUCAACUCACUCCCUUUAUUUUCUCACUAAGGAUACAAAAAUGUUGACGUUCAUGCCUGAGCUGUUGUUGUUCCUUCUUUCAGUACACUGAGUGUGAUGGGAACCUGGUAUGUUACCAUCGUGGUCAUUAUCAAGUACCUCUGGCCAGACAGAGAGAUCACUCCAGGCUACAUUCCUACCAGGUGAGCACCACACACCUGUUGUGACACUGGCCCCUCACUACACGGAGCCAACAGCUUUCUACUAACCAUUUUAGCCUUGUUUUCUCCCCAUUCAGGCAGCAUCAUCUGCUUCCUCGUCAUCAUGCUUUGCUUCAGCUGCUAAAUUCUUGUAUUUGUUUCAGUGCUUCUUCCUGGACUGCAGUUUUCAAUGCAAUGCCCACCAUAUGCUUUGGUUUCCAGGUAUCUCUUCUUUUGGUUUCAUAAAGUUACAAUGCCCCCUCCCCCUUGAAAAGAGUUUAUUAUUAAAGCAAUCUUUUUGUCUCAUUUCUUUCUCUUUUUGCAGUGCCAUGUCAGCUGUGUGCCGGUGUUCGACAGUAUGAAAAAGAAGGAGAUCAAACCUUGGGGAUUGGUCGUCACUCUUAGCAUGAUAAUCUGUCUCUUCGUUUACACAGGAACAGGUAGGAAUAAUCUGAGAUGUGCUUUGUACCCAGACUCUAUCAAAUAAUCUCACAUUACUUGUGAACAGGAUUAAGACACUGUAAAAAGGUUUCAUAUUAUUAUCAAACAUUACACAGUCCUCGUGACCCACCUGAUGCAAAAUUAUACACACUAUAUUUUAGACUUCAUCCUAACUUGCUUUAUCUUUAAUGUGUGAGUAGUCUCAGAGUUUUGGCCCUGAAAAGUUUAAGUUAUGCACACAGCAAGACUAAAACUUGAACCGUGUUUUAAUUGAAAUGCUUUUGUGUCUGUCCAGGUGUCUGCGGCUUCCUGACAUUCGGCUCUAAUGUCAGUCAGGAUGUGUUGAUGUCAUACCCUCCUGAUGAUAUCGCCGUAGCUAUUGCCAGGGCUUUCAUCAUCAUCUGUGUCAUCACCUCCUACCCCAUUUUACACUUCUGUGGCAGGUAAUAGUUACACACAAAUGUCUAAUUUCCCCUUGACAACUGUAAUCUAGUUUGUUACGAUUCUAAUCAAGACGUGAAAAUUGCAGGGGCCCACCAUAAAUGAUGAAUAUAAAUAUCUAGAGGUCCAAUUUCGUUUCUUUUUACUGGCCAACUCAUAAAAAAAAAAAUAAUAUUAGUUACCUUUGUAAGGCAUGUGAUACUCUGGUGUCCAUAAUCUGUGACUCUGCAAACUAUUACCACAAUACUGACUAAGUGCUGAAAUGCCUUCAUGACACCCACAAAUGGCUGUCACAGGACUUCAUGCAACCUGAUUGAUAAGACAGAGAUAAUCCCAGGUGAAGAUAGUGAAAAUUCAGUCAAUUCUAAAUGUCUUGGACCGAUGUUAUUCAACACUGCAGAAAUAUUACUGUUAUUUUUCUUAAUCAAGACCUCAGUUUAGGCAAAUAUAUUCAGCAGAAGUUCACUUUGGCUUCGAUCAUGUCGGGAGCUUUUGAAGGAUUAGAUCUCUUCUCUCCCAAGAAAUGUGAAAUCUGUAAUUCAUGUUUUCAUAACCUCUCGAUGAUACUGUAAUUUUUCUCUCGCCCCCGGCUCAUCCAAAAAUCUGCUGCCAGGAUUUUGGCUCAAACUAAAAAAUGAGAUCAUAUCGCUCUGAUCCUCGCUGCUCUGGGUUGGAUAUCUGUGGCUGGGAGAAAUAAGAAUUGUCUUGCUUGUGUAGCACUGAGAGGCCUGGUUAGUGAUCAGAUGUACUUUACCUUAAAUCCCCUCCUGGACACUGAGAUCCUGAGAUCUUGUUGUUUCAGAUUCUACAUUAUUAAACGGGUAGAAGAGCUGAAGGGAACAAGCUCGGUCUACAAACUGUUUUUUUAAACAAUUCUUCUAAAAUCAACUUUUUGAUCAAGUUGUUACUGAUUUUCUGUAUGUUUUUUUUUCUGAACUUUGUACGUGUGGGAUUUUAUGACUUUUUAAAAAAUAGAUUCUUUUUGAGUUUUAUAGUCUGACACUUGUUUUACUGCAAAGAACUUUGUAACUUGAAUUAUGAUGAUGAUGAUUUAUUGUCAAAAUGGAAAGAGCAGUUUAUAUCAGUUUUAUAUCAGCCAUUAACUGACUCACUUGCAGAUGAGUAGAUUUUGUGUUUUAAAUAAAGGGGCCCCAGCUUGUGCACAUUUAAGGGGAGUUGAUGUGCUUUUUCUCCUCACUGCUCUCUGCUGUAACAAUGUGUCCUUCAGGGCAGUCAUUGAAGGACUCUGGCUGCGCUUCCAAGGGGAGCAGGUGGAGGUGUGUGUGCGUCGUGAACAGAGGAGGAGGAUCCUGCAGACGCUGGUGUGGUUCGUGGUCACCCUGGUCCUUGCGCUCUUCAUCCCAGAUAUCGGGCGUGUGAUCUCACUGAUCGGAGGAUUAGCAGCCUGCUUUAUCUUUGUCUUUCCAGGUGAAUCUUCCCUCAGUGCAUGUCAGACUAUUGAUUUUUGUACACUCUAUGUCACAAUAUAACAUGAUGCCUUUUCAACUUUUAUAGGUUUAUGUCUGAUGCAAGCCAAGCUGGCUGAGACUGACAACAGAUCUGUGAGGUAAGAUGGCUGUUGUUCUCACGUCUUCACUUUCUUAAACUUUUAAGUGGUGAUUGAUAAUAAAUCAGUUGAGCUGAAGCACAAGAAUCCAGAGUUCUUUAUGAACAAAGAGUGACUCAUUCACUCUGCUGUAGAGAGGUUUUAUCUCUUGGGUCGAUAUUGAAAAAUGUGUUAUCCAUAUUUAAUAAUCUUUUUUCCUUGAUAGUAAUUAUUUAUUUAAUGUCUCUCGUUUACAGCUGGCAUGGAUUGGUGAUCUUUGGUGUUGUCAUGGUUACAAUUGGUGCUUUCAUCUUCGGCCUCACCACGACCAACUCCAUCUAUCAAGACGUCGUCAGCUAA